AUAUUGAACGAAAUUUUGGCGUUAAGCCUAGUGAGAACCGGAACGUGUCGCGAAACGUCCAACGUGUCGGGAGAGGCAACCGGCUAUCGACGGCGACGAACCGGGCCUUUUUCCCAUGAGAUGAGAGAUAUCGAGAGAGCGAGUUCAUGAGGUUGUCUCUCCCGAUAUCUCCCUGAUGCGAGUGGGCGAAGGGGAAGCUCUCCUCUCCUUGUCUCGGCGAAGAUCGCUCUGUGUGUCAUACUCUCUCUCUCUCUCUCUCUCCCCAUCGCUGAUCUCUUCUUCUUUCCUCUUCGAUCCGAUUGUAUGAUUCUUCCUACAUUUUGACGUCCGUCAAAAUUUUCUUCUCCAGCAUUUGUUUCCCUCUGUGUUGGCGUAAUUUGGGGGUUCAGAACUUUUAUUUGUCCUGCUGGGGAAUCCCGGUCUGGGUUUUGGGUUUUUUGCGAAUUAUGUACUUUUUUUAGGGUUCCGAGAUUGAUAGAUUGGGGUACCACUGCAAAAGUUUUGAUUUUUAGUGGAGAUUAGUGGUCGAGGCCACUGUACACUGGUGGGUGAUAAUUCCCUGGUGGCGUUUCGAACUGGGGGACGCACGGCAGAAGCGCUCAAACUGGAUCUGCUAUCGAUUUGAUUUGGGUCACAAUUCCAUGAGGCGGCGGUUGUCGGCUUCCGUUCAUCACGAGGGGAUGGAGAAGGCCAACGGCAAGCCUCGGCCUUCUCGGCUCUGCUUCUUGGCCACUCUAUCGGCCAUGUUCUGGAUCAUGAUCUUCUAUUUCCAUUUCACUGUUCUGAGCAGUAACUCUAUCAACAACCCUGAGCAAUCUGUUUCCUACUCCAUUCCUUCCAAAUCCCAACGGAUUUCGGAAGCAUACGAAGCUCUCGAACUGCCAAAAAUGAAGGUGCAGUCCCAAUUGAAGCCAUCAGACCAGCAAGCACCGGAAGUAUUUCCCUUCACCCGUGCCCUCCAGACCAUCGAUAACAAGAGCGAUCCCUGUGGCGGGAGGUACAUCUACGUUCAUGAUCUUCCCUCAUGGUUCAAUGCAGACAUGCUCAGAGAUUGCAGAAAGUUGAGCCUUUGGACCAACAUGUGCAAGUUCACAGGCAAUGCUGGCCUGGGGCCUCCGCUUCAGAAUGCCGAAGGAGUCUUCUCAAAUACAGGGUGGUAUGCAACAAAUCAGUUUGCGGUGGAUGUGAUCUUCAACAACCGGAUGAAGCAGUAUGAGUGCCUGACUAAAGAUUCCUCCAUUGCGGCUGCUAUCUUUGUGCCAUUCUAUGCUGGUUUUGACAUAGCUCGAUAUCUUUGGGGUUAUAACAUCUCAGUCAGGGAUUCUUCAUCUCUUGAGUUGGUUGAUUGGCUUAUGAAGAGGCCUGAGUGGAGUGUGAUGGGGGGGAGGGACCAUUUCUUGGUGGCAGGAAGGAUCACUUGGGACUUUAGGAGAUUGACGGAUUCUAAUUCAGACUGGGGAAACAAGCUUUUGUUCUUGCCAGCUGCGAAGAACAUGUCAAUGCUGGUUGUGGAGUCGAGCCCAUGGAAUGCUAAUGAUUUUGGCAUACCAUAUCCUACUUACUUUCACCCGGCAAAGGAUGCUGAAGUUUUCAUUUGGCAGGAUCGGAUGAGGGAGUUGAAGCGGAGGUAUCUCUGUUCAUUUGCAGGAGCACCACGCCCUGGUAAUCCGAAAUCAAUUAGAGGACAGAUCAUCGAUCAGUGUCAAAGGUCUAAGGUUUGCAAGUUGUUGGAGUGUGAUUUUGGAGAGAGCAAGUGUCAUUCUCCAAGCAGCAUAAUGCAAAUGUUCCAGAGCUCUUUGUUUUGCCUACAACCUCAGGGAGAUUCGUAUACAAGGAGAUCAGCUUUUGACUCAAUGUUGGCUGGUUGCAUACCCGUUUUCUUCCAUCCUGGCUCUGCUUAUAUACAAUACACAUGGCACCUCCCGAGGAACUACUCGACAUACUCAGUAUUUAUCCCAGAGGAUGAUAUUCGAAAGAAAAAUGUUAGCAUUGAGGAGAGGUUAAAGCAAAUCCCUCCUGAUGUUGUGGAAAUAAUGAGAGAGACAGUUAUUAGCCUGAUACCUAAGCUGAUAUAUGCAGACCCUAGAUAUAAAUUGGAGACUCUUAAGGAUGCCUUUGAUGUGGCUGUACAGGCAGUAAUUGACAAAGUCACUCAGCUAAGAAGGGACAUAGUAGAAGGCCACGAAGAUAAGGACUUCAUCGAAGAGAAUAGCUGGAAGUAUGCUUUGUUAGAGGAUGGCCAGCGGAUGGUUGGUCCACAUCAGUGGGAUCCUUUCUUCUCUAAACCUAAGGAUGGUAAUGGGGAUUCUGGCACCUCAUCUGCUGAAGCUGCUAAGAAUUCUUGGCAGAAUGAACAAAGGAGUCAAGUUUGACCUUCAUUCAAGAUUGAGUUGGAAGAUAAGGCUGGUUGCUAAGCUUCUUGAAGGUUGAGUUCCAACAAUCAAACAAAGGGAGAAAUUUUGAUUGAUGAUCAUUUUAGCCUUGAUCUUAAACCAACACUUGGAAUGCUUUUCUGAGAAUGCAUGAAAAACUUAUACUGCCAGCACACAUCAUCAUCAGUUGUGAAAAAUUGAUGGCUAUAGGAAAUCUUACUCUUGGUAUGUUUAACCUGCUCACUGCUCAGGGAAGGUAUGUGUUUGCUGAUGCCUGCAUUUUAGUGAGUUUAUUUUUAAGGCAUGAUAUCCAGAUGAUUAACACUAGUUAGGUGCAGUGUCAUUGUUAAACACAAAUGGUGAAAUGUUUAUUUCUAUUGACAAUAAAAAGAACAUUGAGAAAAACUGGAUCUUGCUUUCUUUUUGGGAGGCCUGCAAUGACAAUGGUAGAAAACCUGUAGCGGCUAGCAACAGUGGAUUCAUUAACUUCAACAAGCAUGACGGUGUAAGUGAUAACAUACAUUUUAUGCCGUCAGCAACACUCAAACCCACUUGUGCUCUGACGGAAUGUGCAUCUCUAUUGCAAUCAAAAUAUGCUCAACAUGUAAUUGGCUCAUGACAAACAGCUACUAACAAAGUUGGAGUAUGUGCUUGAAUGCUGGGAGAUGAGAGUAUCACAUGGGUGUCCCCUUGAAAUAACAUUAUCUGAGUUAAGUUAUCACUUGUCGUGGGACCAGAAUAUAUGGUUUAACAGGAGCUUUAAAUGGACUACAUUUCAAGUCUUCUGAACCUUAAUGCUAGGUAGCCUCAGAUCUCCACGGGGAAGGGAUGAUUGGUCCACCAAUUCAAUGUCGCAGUAGAUAGGUGGGGUCUGUGUGGAGGCAAUUUGCAGCUGAUGUCCACGGCAGCUGUGGCAUUGUAGAAGAAUGUUCAAUCACAUGAUUUGUCUGCCAUCUUCAGUGGGACCCUUUUAUGAUCUUGAGACAUGAGAGUCCUUUAGGAGUAUCCAGUCUCUCUCAUCCUAUCAGGGAGUUGGGCCAUGUGGUCCCUUUCCUUCUGCCAAAGUAGUAAAGAAAUGAAAUGUGAGACUAGGAAGUCAGUUUCAGAGUGAUAUGCCUUGCUUCAUUUGUUCUCUUAGAACUUUAUCUACCAAGUCCAUCUCUCCAAAAACUGAAAGCUCAGUAGUUUCACUUUCUCCAUCUCUGUACGAGCAGAAGCAUAUGGCCAUUUGGUCUGAGAGUGCAUCAGAGCGAGCUGUAAGCUUGUACUCCAUGGACAAGGGCAAAGGUCACCUGAGGUAAGUGAGGCAGAGGAGGGAGGAGAUAGUGUAGGCCACACCAUGUGUGAGUCUCGUGGGUUGUGCUGUAAGACUUAUCAGAAUCCAUGAAUCCCCAGCAACGAAAAGGGUAUAUAUAUCCUUCUCAUGAUCAGUUGUGUGAUCAAGAAUGGUCCAGUAGAUUUGCAUGAGGCCUCAGUAUGGAAGCAGAGCUUCUACACUUUUUGAUCCCCCACUAAAGAACUCGGAUAGAGAACUGAGAUAACACAGCGCUUUGGGAUUCUUCUUACAUGCAUUGAACCUUAAUGUCAGGGUAGAAUAUGAGUUGGUGGUGGAUGAAAUAGGAGGGCAUCUUUAGUGAAAAGGCCCUUUCAUUGCCUACAACUUUUAGGAAGGUUUGAAUUCUUCAGGGGAGUGGAAUACUUGGAUGUUUGGAUCUCUAAGGAAGCAAUAUUGAAGUUUCUGAGAUGAAUUGGCUGGUGCAUUAACCUUUCCAGUUCUAAUGGGGGCUCUUUCUCUGCUGCAACUGGGUACAACUGAGAACCUUGCCUUCUCAGAAAACAAUCAAUGAAGGUUGCAGUAUCUGCAGUGUACUACUGUGCACCCAUUGUACUCAUCAGCCUUAUGGAGAUCAAUGAAACAUAACCAGGUUUGUUCU